AUGCCGAUGCUCUCGCUGCCCCACAGAAGAGGCAGCGUGGUGGUGAACUACAAAGUCAUGUUGCACCUCACCACAGCCACCAGCUCUUCAGAAACAUCCACCUCGAGAAGCACCUCGGAAAUGUCCACAGCAGCCAGCGCCACCAGCUCUUCAGAAACAUCCACCUCGAGAAGCACCUCAGAAACGUCCACAGCAGCCAGCUCUUCAGAAACAUCCACCUCGAGAAGCACCUCGGAAACGUCCACAGCAGCCAGCACUGCUGCAACCUCCACAGACACCUUCGCUCCUACAGCCACCAUGACCACCAGCACCUCUACAAGCCCCACAACCACCAGCACCUCUACUACAACCUUGGGAACAGCAACCAGCACUGCUGCAACCUCCACAGACACCUUCGCUCCUACAGCCACCAUGACCACCAGCACCUCU